AUGGUGGAACCUUUCUUUCUUAAAGGCAUGCUCAGCGCCCACUCGGCUGCCGUGACCGCCAUCGCCACUCCAAUCGACCAUGGAGACAUGAUGGUAUCCUCCUCCCGCGACAAAUCCAUUGUCGUCUGGGAUCUCACCAAGUCUUGGCUUCCCAAUCAUCACGACCUCCCCUCCCUCGUCGGCCUUCCACGCCGCCGCCUCACUGGCCACUCCCACUUCAUCCAAGACGUCGCCCUUUCCUUCGACGGCCAGUUCGCUCUUUCAGGCUCUUGGGACGGUGAACUCCGCCUUUGGGACCUUGAAAAAGGCUGCACCACCCGCCGCUUCAUUGGCCACACCAAUAGCGUUCUUUCCGUCGCCUUUUCUUUUGAUAACCGCCAGAUCGUCUCCGGUUCCCGUGACAAAACCAUCAAGCUUUGGAAUACGAUAGGUUCCUGCAAGUACACCAUCCAAAAUGGUUUAGAUGGUGGUGGCCAUAGCAAUUGGGUAAGCAGCGUGCGGUUUAUCCGCACCGCCCAGCCAACCAUCGUCUCCGGAUCAUGGGACAGGACGGUGAAGGUAUGGAAUCUGACAAACUGUAAGCUCCAACGCACGAUGACUGACCAUGCAGGAUAUGUGAACGCCGUUACUGUGAGUCCUGAUGGAUCUGUAUGCGCCAGUGGAGGCAGGGAUGACGAGGCGCUGUUGUGGGAUAUUAAUGGGGGGAAGAAGUUGUAUUCGCUAAAUACAAUGACAACCGUCCAUGCGGUGUGCUUUUGUCCCAACAGGUAUUGGCUUUGCGCUGCCACACAGCACGGUGUGUUGAUCUGGGAUUUGGAUAACAGGGCCGUUGUGCAAGAUAUCAAGCUGGAAACUCCCACCACGAAUCGUAAGGGUACCAGCAAGCUGUCGUCGAUUUCUUCGUGA